AUGAAUAUGUUGAUGCUAUUUCAAAAGAGUGAAUUGAAAUUGGACGAAUUUCCCAGCUCAGCAAGUCACAGUUGGAAUAGGACGUGUUUCCUGCCUAAGAAGUUGGAACUGGACGAGUAUACCGCUUUAAAGGGUUACAAGGAAAGAAAUGUGGAGAAAAUGUGCUUCAAUGAGACUGGAGUUAUUCUCUUCAACGAAGUUGGCAUCAGAAGAAGUGUUGGCCGUUUCCUAGAGAACUUUCUUCACCCUUACCGCUUAGAGCAGACUCCGAUCUGGUUGAUUUCUCACGAGACCCAACCAAACCAUGGCUGUAGCUGGAAAACAAGGAAACUCCGUCAAAAGUUGAUUUCUCGAACGUUCAACAAACGAACUUCGUUGCUAAUGUGA